GUGGAGAGGCAGAGAACGUAGAGGAAUAUAUCAAUGGAAAUUUAAAGACAUCAAAUCAAAUUUUCGGCGAGAAGGUAUUUUAUAAAUCAAUUAUGGGAUUCCUUGCAUUUUUAAAAGACUAUUUUCUUGGUUUCUGGGAUUAUGAGACCCCAAAGAUCAUGGUGGUUAAAAACACAACUCUUGGAGUCAUAUACAGAGGAGUUCAGUUUAUUGUCAUCACCUACUUUGUCUGGUACGUGUUCAUAAGUCAGAAAGCGUACCAAGAGAGCGAAACACGUCCUGAAAGCUCUGUUUACACUCGCAUGAAAGGCUCAGCGAUUCGUGGCGAUCAAAUCCUGGACACUGUGGAAUAUGUUCGACCAUCAGAGGGUGGUGAUGUCAUCAGUACAAUACUGAGACGAGAAGUCACAUAUGACCAGAAGCCGGGAACCUGCGCCGAGUAUUUUGGGGUUGCAAAAGCCAACUGCUCAAGGGACUCAGACUGUGUCCAAGGAGAGGUGGACUUUGAUGGCCACGGUCGGCGGACUGGAAGGUGCAUUCGAUAUUACAACCGCACCUUUAAAACCUGUGAGAUCCAAACGUGGUGCCCUAUUGAGGAGUAUGCUGUGCAGCGAGAACCAGCUUUGGUGGAAGCCAUCAAUUUCACAGUAUUCAUCAGAAACUCCAUACGCUUCCCAAAGUUUGGAGUGCUGAGGGGUAAUAUUAAAGAUGCUUCAAACAAGCGCAACAUGCACAAAUACCUCAGCAGAUGUCAGUACGAUGAGGAGAAGGAGCCCUACUGUCCAAAUUUCCGACUAGGAUAUAUUGCCCAUCAAGCCCGGGAGAACUUCAGUGAGCUCUGCAGGACGGGAGGAGUGAUUGGUGUUUUCAUAAAUUGGAACUGUGACCUGGAUCUGGAUCCUUCCCGUUGCAAGCCCAAAUAUUCCUUCAGGCGUCUUGAUCUCAGAAAGGAUCAGGCCAACUCUGGAUACUAUUGCAGGUUUGCAAAAUACUACCACAAAGACGGGAAGGAGUCUCGGACACUUAUCAAAGCCUACGGCAUCCGCUUGGACAUCAUUGUUCAUGGACAAGCAGGUAAAUUUAGCCCAAUCCCAACCAUCAUCAGCACAGUGACUGCCUUGACUUCAGUGGGGAUUUGCACCAUUUUUUGUGACUGGAUCAUGCUGACAUUUAUUGACAAGGAUGACAUAUACAGAGAGAAAAAGUUGGAUUACGUUGUUAGUGAGCCUCCAGAGUCAGUUCCUCCACAGCUCCUUUACAUCACCAGCUUCAGCUCCAACCAUUCAGACUUGUCAGACGGUGUGCCGCUUUGAUGCGCUCUCCAACCAUCUUCUUGGACUGUGGCUACAACAUUCUCUCAGGGCUUCUCGACAGCUUGUUCUCGCCAACCGAUUUACCGAUUCAGUUGUUUUCUAUGUUGUUGUUGAGAUAAAGACACUGUGUAUUUUUUAUUCACCUCUUGACUGCACCUUUCCCAAACAACGGCAAGUAUCGCAACCGCAGCAGUUCACGCAUAUUAAACCAGUCCCUUGCAAUUGUAUUCCAUUUGUUUUUAAACAGAGUGCAAAAAUUACUAAAGCAGUGAUUCUCAAACUGUGGUACGCCAAAUAAUCACUUGAUUAAAGUACAGUGUUUUAUUUUCCUUUAUUCAAACACAGUGUUACUGUUCAAAUUGUGUGUAAUGUAUUAUGUUACAGUGGCGGAAAAUAUUAAACAUACUUGUUAAAUAAA